AUGGCAGCAGAGGCCAACGAGCAAACCAGAUACUGCCAGUUGUACGAGAAGGAGACAACUGACACCGGUCCACAUUUGCCAAAAGAAAAUGCCAACAAGAAGGAGAGAAAGGAGAUAAAUACCAAGACUGUCUCUUUGUGGUCCCACAUCAAUAGCCAGGUGGAGGAAUUCAGUAACCCUUUCUACGUCAACUACAAGAACCACGUUCUCUAUCCAGUAGCCAGCUUAAGUCAUUUGGAAUUGUGGGUCAACUACUACGUACGUUGGAACCCCCGAACGAGACCCCAGAUGCCGAUUCACCAGAACUUGAAAGAACUCCUGGCCAUCCGAACGGAGCUGCAAAAGAGGGUGGAGGAGCUGCAGCGGGAAGCCGCCAAGCGCUCCAUUUCGUCUUCCUCCGAGCGAGGCUCCUCUCCCGCCGUCACACCGGUCCACACUUCCGUCUGACCC